AUAUUCAUCAUUCCAUUUGUUUCUUCUUCCUUAUCAUUGUCCUUUGUUUCACUUUAUAGCUCAGAUCAUCAUCAACUCAUCAUUUGCAAUUCAGACUACUUCAAAUGGAGACAGUUGAAUUGAAGGUGGAGAUGGUUGGCAUCCAUGAGAAGAGGCUUAGAAAAUGCCUAUCAAAACUGAAAGGAAUAGAGAAAGUGGAAGUGGAUGGUAAUAGCCAGAAGGUUGUGGUUACAGGAUAUGCACAUAGAAACAAAAUAUUAAAAGCCAUUAGAAGAGGAGGUCUCAAAGCUGAUUUCUGGUCUGCACAAAAUGAGCUUCUCAAUGCUUAUGCAAGUGCAAGUGCAAGUGCAAGCUAUGGAAACUUCAGAUUCAAUAACUUCAAUUUCUUCUAGCUCAAGCGUUAGCU